CUCGUCCUCUCUUUUUCUUUCAUUCAUCCAUCAAUUUUCCUCCCUCUCGUCUUCUCUGCUUCAUACUUAGUAAAAACAAAUUCCUCUCCCCUUACUCCUUACUCUCCAUCAGCACCUGCCUGUGUGGCCUACUCCCCUCGUUUCUUCAUUUACCGCUCUCCUCCGUUUCUGUAAGUCACUUGCUCGAAUUUCAACACCUCUAAAUUUCAUUGUCAGGAGCUUCGUUCUGUAAGAUCCGCUCUUCUCUGUUGCUACGUUUAGCUAAGAGCUUGGAGGCGGCCCUGCAGAAGUUGUCAGAAGUUUCCAGAAGCUGUUCAAUCGUUACUUGGUCGUGGGGGAACCUGAGGAACUAAAACUAACGAUUUAUCUCCACGCAGAUCAUAAUCCUCCACAAUGGCCUCUGAGACCUUCGAGUUCCAGGCUGAGAUUUCUCAGCUCUUGUCGCUGAUUAUCAAUACUGUCUACUCCAACAAGGAGAUUUUCCUGCGAGAAAUCAUCUCCAACGCUUCCGAUGCCCUUGACAAGAUUCGCUAUGAGUCUCUGUCUGACCCCUCCAAGCUCGACUCGGGCAAGGACCUCCGCAUCGACAUCAUUCCCGAUGCCGAGAACAAGACUCUCACUAUCCGUGAUACCGGUAUUGGUAUGACCAAGGCUGAUCUGAUCAACAACCUCGGUACCAUUGCUCGCUCUGGCACCAAGCAGUUCAUGGAGGCUCUCUCCGCUGGUGCUGAUAUCUCUAUGAUUGGUCAGUUUGGUGUCGGUUUCUACUCCGCCUACCUCGUUGCCGACCGUGUCACUGUCGUCUCCAAGCACAACGAUGAUGAGCAGUACAUUUGGGAGUCCUCCGCUGGUGGUACUUUCACUCUCACUCAGGACACCGAGGGUGAGCCCCUUGGCCGUGGUACCAAGAUGAUCUUCCACUUGAAGGAUGAACAGACCGAGUACCUCCAGGAGAGCCGUAUCAAGGAGGUUGUUCGCAAGCACUCCGAGUUCAUCUCCUACCCCAUCUACCUCCACGUCCUGAAGGAGACUGAGAAGGAGGUCCCUGACGAGGAGGCUGAGACCAAGGAAGAGGAGGGUGACGAGAAGAAGCCCAAGAUUGAGGAGGUUGACGAUGAGGAGGAGAAGAAGGAGAAGAAGACCAAGACUAUCAAGGAGUCCAAGAUCGAGGAGGAGGAGCUUAACAAGACUAAGCCUAUCUGGACCCGCAACCCCGCUGAUAUCACGGAGGAGGAAUACGCUUCCUUCUACAAGUCCCUUUCCAACGACUGGGAGGACCACCUCGCUGUUAAGCACUUCUCAGUUGAGGGUCAGCUCGAGUUCCGCGCCAUCCUUUAUGUUCCCAAGCGUGCUCCCUUUGAUCUCUUCGAGACUAAGAAGACGAAGAACAACAUCAAGCUCUAUGUUCGCCGUGUCUUCAUCACCGACGAUGCUACCGAUCUUAUCCCCGAAUGGCUCGGUUUCGUCAAGGGUGUUGUCGACUCUGAGGAUCUUCCUCUCAACCUGUCUCGUGAGACCCUGCAGCAGAACAAGAUUAUGAAGGUCAUCAAGAAGAACAUCGUCAAGAAGACUCUUGAGCUCUUCAACGAAAUUGCUGAAGACCGCGAGCAGUUUGACAAGUUCUACAGCGCCUUCUCCAAGAACAUUAAGCUCGGUAUCCACGAGGAUGCUCAGAACCGCAACACCCUUGCCAAGCUCCUCCGCUACCAGUCCACCAAGUCUGGUGACGAGACCACCUCUCUGACAGACUACGUCACCCGUAUGAAGGAGCACCAGAAGCAGAUCUAUUACAUUACUGGCGAGUCCAUCAAGGCUGUUGCUAAGUCGCCCUUCCUUGACACCCUCAAGCAGAAGGACUUUGAGGUUCUGUUCCUGGUUGACCCCAUUGAUGAGUACGCUUUCACUCAGCUUAAGGAAUUUGACGGCAAGAAGCUCGUUGAUAUUACCAAGGACUUCGAGCUUGAGGAGACCGACGAGGAGAAGGCUGAGCGUGAGAAGGAGGAGAAGGAGUUCGAGAAUCUCGCUAAGAGCCUCAAGAACAUCCUUGGCGACAAAGUCGAGAAGGUUGUUGUCUCUCACAAACUUAUCGGUUCCCCUUGCGCCAUCCGUACUGGUCAGUUCGGUUGGUCCGCUAACAUGGAGCGUAUCAUGAAGGCUCAAGCCCUCCGUGACACCUCCAUGAGCUCCUACAUGUCUUCCAAGAAGACCUUCGAGAUCUCCCCCAAGUCUCCCAUCAUCAAGGAGCUUAAGAAGAAGGUUGAGGCUGAUGGCGAGAGCGACCGCACCGUCAAGUCCAUCACUCAGCUCCUCUAUGAGACCUCCCUGCUCGUUUCUGGCUUCACCAUUGAAGAGCCCGCCAGCUUCGCUGAGCGCAUCCACAAGCUCGUGUCUCUCGGUCUGAACAUUGACGAGGAGGCCGAGGCUGAGCCCGCCAGCACCGAGGAGGCACCCGCUGCCGCUACGACCGGCGAGAGCGCCAUGGAGGAGGUUGACUAGAUCAGCUAAUGAAUAAAAAAGGGGGAAAAUAAAAAGCAAAACGAAAUAUUCUGUCUUCUUAUGACACUGAACUGCUUCGGCUUACUUUUUUAAUUGAUGGUAUGGUAGCAGAUGAUGUCUUUCAUGUUAUCAACGAUGUCAAUCUCGUGGCGUUUUGAGCGUUCUCAUUUUCUAAACCCAAUACACUACACUGUCUGGUUCUUUUAC